AGUGGUUCCUCCAAGAUAAGCGAUGGGCAAAGAGGAGGAGAUUGAUGAAAUUGAUAUCACUGAAGUGGGCAAGAAACCAGGACUGGAGAUCUGGAGAAUACAUAGAUUUCGAUUAGAACCUGUGCCAAAGAACGAAUACGGUGAAUUUUACAUCGGAGAUGCUUACGUCUGUAUGUAUACAAAAUACGGAGCAUGGGAUAUUCAUUUCUGGAUCGGUGAGGGUGCUACUCCAGAUGAAAUCGGGGCCGCUGCCAUUACUGCCGUUCAAAUCGAUCAGGCAUUGGGUGGUUUUCCGGUACAGCACAGAGAAGUGCAAAAUCAUGAAUCGUCACUGUUUCUAUCGUAUUUUCCCAAUGGAAUACGAUAUAUCAUGGGUGGAUAUGAUUCUGGUUACCAUCAUGUAGAGGGUCUGUUUGACAACUUUAAGCCUCGAUUGUAUCACUGUAAAGGCAAAAGGAAUGUUAGGUGCACGGAGGUAGAGUUCAAGAAGCAAUCUCUUAAUCUUGGUGAUGUUUUCUUACUCGAUCUAGGAAAAGACAUCUACGUAUGGAUGCCACCAAAGAGUGGAAGACUGGAGAGGAUCAAGGGUAUGGCUCGGGCUAAGAACAUUGCCUUUGACGAAAGAAAUGGAGCAAGCUCCGUUCAUGUUCUCGAUUCUGACUGGGAUACGAACGAAGAUUUUUGGUCACACUUUGGUGGACCAAGCACUGUGAAAACCGUUGCUGCUGCUAAGGAUGACGACGAAAACUAUUGGAAGAGAACUACAGAACAGAUGACUUUAUGGAGAGUCUCAGACGCUUCUGGAACAAUGAAAUUGACGAAAGUUGCGCAAGGCGAACUGCAACGAAGUCUUCUGGACACGAAGGACGCGUUCAUCUUGGAUGCUGUCAACGGUGGCAUUUUUGUCUGGGUCGGCAAAGGUUGUACUAUGGACGAACGAUCCAAGGCAAUGAUCUGGGGAGAACAAUUUCUCAAGGAAAAGAAACUUCCGCCAUGGACUCAAGUGACAAGGAUACUUGAGUCAGCUGAACCAUCGUCAUUUACACAGUGGUUCGGAGAAUGGGAAGACGUUAAGAAGAAGAACGUCUUUGAGCCACGGUUGUUCCAGGUUUCAGAUGAAUCUGGAACGAUGAGGGUUGAAGAGAUUUCUAAUUACGAUCAGGAGAGUUUGGAUGGCGAUGACGUCAUGAUUCUUGAUGCGUUGAACAGCAUCUAUGUGUGGGUUGGAACAGGAGCUAAUCAAGAUGAAAAGAAAAAUGCUCUCGACACCGCCAAGAAAUAUCUAAAACAAGGGACACUGCCACGUCAUAAGCAAACAACCAUUGAAACUAUUUAUCAAGGCAAGGAGACUCCAACUUUCAAGAAAUUUUUCAAAUCUUGGAAUGACAAAAUGUUCCAGAAAGAUGAGCGAUCGGUAGAGAACAUGAGAAAACUGCUUUUUAACUGAAGAUGGUCAAAUGCGUGAUAUCAAGAGGUGCUGGUGUUUUUUGUUUAUUGGAAGUUAUCGAAUAUAAUAAAUUGUUUAACGGAU